AUGUGUUCACACAAUAGGCAGCCCGAGUCCCCUCCUUCUAAGGAAAUCACAGAUGAAUUGACUUUGUCACCAACUACCGGGAAGGAGGGGCUCGGACAAGCCCUGAGUCAAAAUAUUUCUGACGAUGGCUAUGGUCACAACAAGGCUCCAAAGCCAAAUCUCCCGGAAGCCUCUGAUACGGCGAGCAUGCAGCAGUUACUCUCUAAGCUCGCUGAGCAGCAACGGUUGAUUGAUCAACAAAGAGAGGUUCUUGAGCAUCAGCAGAAGGAGCUUUUCAGGGUCAAGUCAGAUAACUAUCCUGCAUUUUCGGCGUACACCAGCCCUUCAAUCCAAGUGGCAGCAGAUCCCAGCCCUGGUCCCUUCAACACCGUUCAGAAUCCUGUCUCAGUUGAUAACUCUGAUAGUUAUGGCUUUCGCCCCGCCGCUCACUUUCACGAAGUCAAUCGUCUUCAAUCAGAGUUAAAGGUCGCCCAAAGUAAGAUAUCGGCCAUGAGCGACGAGCUUGUCCACACAAGGAUAGCAAAGCACACGCUGGACCAAGUCUUGACCCCUUCGGGGGAGGAUGGGUCUUCACUGGGAGGUGAUGUCCCGGAGCAAGCUAUCACUUCUUUGCAAACAGCCUUUGCACAAUCUACUCGCCCAAACACACACAGAGCUGACUCCUGGCCAUCAGCAUCCUAUGAUGAAUCGAUGACCGAUCAUUCCACCGAGUUCCAUCAACAGCCCCUCUCGACUGGCCCGUACGCUCGAUCCGGUAUUUGGGCUACCUCCCCAAAAUCUAGUAUGCCCCAAUUGGCAUCUUUGCAGGUUUCUACCCAUGGCGAAAUGCAAUACCAAAAUGCACUGCGCCAGGGCUCGGUCGAUGCAGAUGCCUAUGGGGGAAGCCGAAUCUGGAAUAAUACACCCCGCUCCUUUAGUCUACAGAGCGGCGGUCCACCUGUCACGGGGGAUGGUCGUUACACAGGCCGUCGUUCUUCUUACAACCCACAGGCUACCCCAUUUGUCCGCUCCAACUUUGAGCAUGGAGGUUCAAACAAAGCUUCUUCGAGCACAGGUUAUACUCCGAGCCCAAUCGGCACUCCACUUUCCCCUAACUCUACUGCUGAUUUUACUUCAGGCUCUAGUGGUAGCAGCACACUGUGGGGCCAAUCUCAAGGGCAGACAUAUGUAUCCACCAUCGAGCCACUCAACUACCGGCGGCUUCUCGAACGCAGUGUCAACUGUAAUUGGAAAUACAUUGUCGAUAAGAUCGUUUGCAAUAAUGAUCAACAAGCUUCCAUCUUUCUCCAACAGAAGCUUAAGAUUGGCACGGCCGAACAGAAACAUGCGAUCGUCGAUUCAAUUGUAGCUCAAGCGUAUCCCCUUAUGAUCAACCGCUUUGGCAACUUUCUUGUUCAGCGAUGCUUUGAGCAUGGCACUCCGGAGCAGAUAGAUGGCAUAGCCAGUGCUAUCCGUGGAAAUACCCUCAACUUGAGCAUGGAUGCGUUUGGCUGUCAUGUUAUUCAGAAGGCCUUUGAUUGUGUUUCUGAGGACUUCAAGGCAACGAUGGUCGCCGAAUUGCUUCGACGCAUCCCAGAAACGGUCAUUCAUAGAUACGCUUGUCACGUCUGGCAGAAACUUUUCGAACUCAGGUGGUCAGAUUCCCCGCCUCAAAUCAUGAAGUACGUAAAUGAGUCCUUGAGAGGCAUGUGGCAUGAAGUUGCGUUGGGAGAAACUGGCAGCCUUGUUGUCCAGAAUAUCUUUGAAAAUUGUCUCGAAGAGGAUAAGCGCCCCUGUAUCAACGAGGUCCUCGAGUCGAUUGACCUGAUCGCUCAUGGUCAGUUUGGGAACUGGUGUAUUCAACACAUUUGCGAGCAUGGGGCGCCUCUUGACCGUUCUAGAGCUGUUGAUACGGUUGUCCUCAAUGCCGCUGAGUAUAGCAUGGAUCAAUACGCAUCCAAAGUUGUCGAGAAAUGUCUCAAAAUAGGCGGAAACGAAUUUCUCGAUCGGUACCUUGACCGCGUGUGCGAAGGGCGCCCUGACCGCCCUCGCAUUCCUCUUAUUGAUAUUGCGAGCGACCAGUAUGGAAAUUACCUGGUUCAAUGGAUACUCCAGCAUGCUUCUUCUACUCAUAGAGAACAAGUCGCGACCCAUAUCCGCAAACACAUGGUUUCCUUACGUGGGAGUAAGUUUGGCUCCCGUGUCGGGAUCCUCUGCUGCAAUCCGAUGUACAACCGCUCCGGCGCCCCUUCCGCUGCUGCGCCAAGGUACAGCAGAUAUGGCUAUCGCUAG